UCAUUUUUAACCAAAAACCCCAAGCAUGCGACCCACUGUGCCUCUGUGAUUCGCUUUCGUCAAGUUUUGGGGCCCAGAUCGGCUGCUUCGCUGGCGUCGUCGGCACUUGGUUUCAAAAAGAGAACGACCGCGAGGCGCAACGGAAUACAAAAGGCGCCGAAAGCCGAAAACUGAAAACCGAAAACUGAAACCGAAACAACGAUCCCCCCCACAAAAUAUUUGCAAAAAUAAAAGCAAAUAAAUAAAGCGUUAUGGUCACUAAACUAUAAAUAAAGGCUUUUAAAAUAUUAAGAGUAAUGUGAAACGCCAAACGGAGGCCAACUCUUGUCUAGAAAGGUGCGAAAGGAUGCAGUGCAGUGGGAGAUCAGUACAAUGCGAGUGAUGUCAUAAUAGACCAUUACCCUUUAUCAGAAACUGCAAAAACGAUAUCAGUGGAGAGGCAUAAUAAAAGUUAAUAUUGCCAAGUGAGAGUGUCAUGGCCAGCAUGGCGGACUAUAUGGACUACUUGGACACGGCCAGGGAGUGGGCCGAGUGGCUGCCAUACCUGCUGGUCGCCUACGUAGUCCUCACCCUAGUGCCCAAGUCCCUGGUGAGGAUGAAGCGCUUUGCGGACGCGGACUACGAGGCCCACAGGAACCACUACCAUCGCUGCUACGGCCCGGAGCUGUGCUGCCAUGUCCUGGCCCAGGAGCAGGCCUCCGGAAAGGUCAAGCCCAAGGCGAGAAAACCAGUUACCAGGGUCUACCCUAAAAGGCAGCAAGUCCAGGCGAAGGAGGAAUUAGCGCCGCCGGUUCCAGCGCCCGUGAAGAGGAGUAAUGUCACCAAGAUUGCGCGAAUGUUCGAGUCGGGAAACACGCGGCAGGUGAGCAGGGUGGCCCCUGAGAUCCGGCUGCCUGAGAUCCGGAUGUUCGGGGCCAGCGACGACUCCCGCGACUCGACACCCUGCGCCUCCAGGAAGCCGAGCAUUGCCAGCCAGCUCAGUGCCCAGCUGCAGCACAUCGAGCAGUCAAUGCACCUCUGGCAGGAGCUGGAGGAGGAGCCGGGCACCAAGAAGACGACUUCUUCGCACAGCGACUGGGAGCCGAUGGCUGUGCCGGUGGCCAGGCGUACGAGGGGCACCUCGGCCACUCCCUCAACCGCAUCGCCGCUAUCCAGUUCCCCCGAAGCAGAACCCUCAUCGCCGGUUCUCCUGAGGAAGCCUCCAUCCCUGUGCCUCCAGACCAGUAUGGAGGAUAUAUUUCAGGUGAUUGCCAGGAGCGCCGAGGAGCCGGAGGAGCCACGCAACCUCAACUGCUUGUCGCCAGUGACCAGCAUCGAUGAGAUCCUCUCGGAAAGGCGGUUCUCUCGGACACUCUCCGCCUACUCCAUCACCGAUCUGCUCAACGAAGAGCAGUCCUCCUCGGUGGAUGAAUCGGUAUUCCUCAACGAGUCUAUAUGUUAGAUGGAAGUCCCUGAAAGUGCCAUUCUCUGAUGGUUUCCCCUGCAUUUUGUUUGUUUAAACGACGGAUGUUUUAAGCAAAUCAAAGUAAAGAAAGCUCACUUAGUUGGCCGUACUUAGUGUAGUAAUUGUGUAAAUGUUUCUUUGUUUGUUUCAUCAUGCGAACCGUACUGCUAAACUAAUCAACUGAUAGAGAGUAUAAUAUGAAAAUUGUGAAUUUGUAGUAUUAAUAUUAUUGUUAGAUCUAUGAAAUUGUAUCAAAUGCAACACAAACACACUACAAAAUAUAAGAAAUAAACCUCAAUAUAUACAUAU